AGUAGUCAGCUAGUCAGCGGUGGCUUCGCGGGAGGGCGUAAAGCAUGUCAUAAGGUUCGACCGUCGUCGAGGUAUAAAAGGUGUCCACUGGCGGAGCAUAGUCAUCAGCAAGUGCCUCUCAACCCACUGCACUCCCAUCUCCACAACAUCUACUACAAUGGCCGGCAUCUACCCUCCCUUCACCCGUGAGACCGCCAUCCGCAAGGUCAAGGCUGGUCAGGAUCUCUGGAACACCCAGGAUCCUCACAAAGUCGCGCAGGCGUACACGCCCGAGUGUCGCUGGAGGAACCGCGACCAGUUCGUCGCCGGCCGCGAAAAGAUCAUCGACUUCCUCUCCAAGAAGUGGAAGAGGGAGAAGGGCUACAAGCUGCGCAAGGAGCUCUUCGCCUUCACGGACAACUGCAUCGCCGUCACGUUCUGGUACGAGUGGUACGAAGACAAGCCGGACGGCACGAAGCAGUGGCACCGAACGUACGGCCUCGAGGACUGGACGUUCCACAAGGACGGCCUCAUGGCGAAGCGCCAGAUGUCCGGCAACGACGUGAAGAUCGAGGAGGCCCAGCGCUGGUUCAAGGACGACGGCGUCGACAUCAACGCCGUUGUCCCCCCGGAGCACGAGUUCAUCUAGGUUUUUCUGUGGCGUGAGAGUGCGCGCUACCUGUGUAACUUAUGCACACAUGCUCCGGGCCUUUAUUCCGGAAGAGCACUACUGUAGAAAUUGAAAUGUAAAACGUCUUCUUGCCCUCAUCCAUCUUUACACUGGG